ACGUCAUUUCCCACAAUUCAAUGGAUUAAAGAUGGAAGGAAGAGGAUAGAUCCACGAACACUCGCAUCGCAAAUGUCGCCUUUUCAACGAGCUUUCGGCAUCUGCGAUUGGAUUUGGUGUUGAAGUAUUUACUUUCUUUCAUUUUUAAUCAGCAGUGUAGAAAUUGUACCGAUCUGUUGUCUCUAAAAUCUGUCAUCAUCGAUUGUCUCAACCCCGAGGCCGGUGAUUGGCUUCACCUGCAUUCUCAUUAGGCUAAGAAAUGGAGGGGGAUGCUUGAGGCCCCGAUCAUGUUAUGAUACGGACUUUACCUUAGCUGUCAAUUGUAUGUAUAUAGUUCGAAUAUUUUAAGCUUUAGAGGCAUUCCACAACCUCAAAAUGGGUGACGAAUGUGGCAUUAAAGUGGUGUGUCGUGUGCGACCCCUGAACUCGUCCGAGGAAAAAGCAGGGAGUAAAUUUGUCCUGAAGUUUCCAACGGACGAUUCUAUACACUGUGGGGGGAGGCUGUUUGUGUUUGAUAAAGUGUUGAAGCCUAACGUGAGUCAGGAUUAUGUCUACGAGACUUCAGCCAAAUCCAUUGUUGCUGAUGUACUUGGAGGGUACAAUGGAACUAUAUUUGCCUAUGGCCAGACGUCCAGUGGUAAAACCCAUACAAUGGAGGGAGUCAUUGGGGAUAACCACAUGCAGGGGAUCAUUCCGAGGAUUGUACAGGACAUAUUUAACUACAUCUAUGGCAUGGACGAGAAUCUCGAGUUCCACAUCAAGGUGUCAUACUAUGAGAUUUACAUGGACAAGGUUCGCGAUCUGUUGGAUAUUUCUAAGACCAACUUGGCUGUACAUGAAGAUAAGAACAGAGUGCCCUUUGUCAAGGGUGCGACAGAAAGGUUUGUGUCGAGUCCUGACGAGGUGAUGGAGGCCAUCGACGAGGGCAAAUCAAACCGACACGUAGCUGUGACAAAUAUGAACGAACACAGCUCAAGAAGCCACAGUGUGUUCCUGAUCAAUGUAAAACAAGAACAUUUAGAGAACCAGAAACAACUUAAUGGCAAACUAUAUCUAGUAGAUCUUGCUGGUAGUGAGAAGGUGAGUAAGACUGGAGCUGAGGGAGCAGUACUCGACGAAGCCAAGAACAUCAAUAAGUCUCUGUCAGCUCUGGGAAAUGUCAUCGCUGCCCUUGCUGAUGAACAGAAAACCCAUGUGCCGUACCGUGACAGUAAACUGACUAGGAUUCUUCAGGAGAGUUUGGGAGGUAACGCUCGUACCACAGUUAUUAUCUGUUGUUCACCCGCUUCUUACAACGAGACGGAAACCAAAACCACACUUCUGUUUGGUCAGAGAGCAAAGACGAUCAAGAACGUUGUGAUGGUGAACGAGGAGUUGACUGCGGAGGAAUGGAAGAGGAGGUAUGAGAAAGAAAAGGAGAGGAACGCCAGACUUAAGGGUGUCCUUGCCAAGUUUGAAGCCGAGCUACAGAUGUGGCGCUCAGGCCAGCAUGUGUCCCAGGAUGAACAGUUUGACAUGAAGGCCAGUACAACUUCUCUCCAGGAGGCAGAGACAGGCACUGCCCCAAAGAAUGACAUUGCUGCCAAACUGAUGUCCUCCAGUGCCCUGGGAGCUGAUAAGGUUCAGGUUGAGGCUGAGCGCCUUAAACUCUACCAGCAACUAGACGAUAAGGAUGACGAGAUCAACAACCAGUCCCAGUUGAUUGAAAGGCUGAAGGAACAGAUGCUGGAACAGGAAGAGUUGAUAGCCCAGGGCAAGCGUGACCUUGAUGUGUUACAGAUAGACAUGUCACGCAUCCAGACCGACAACGACUCGGCCAAGGAUGAGGUAAAGGAAGUACUGCAAGCCCUGGAGGAGUUGGCCAUGAACUACGACCAGAAGUCACAGGAGGUAGAACUCAAGUCCAAGGAGUACGAGACUCUGCUGGAGGAGAUGGGCACUAACCAGAGCCAAGUUAACUCUCUCAAAACGGAGCUGGAUAGCCAGAGAGACUCCCAACUUCACCAGAAGAAACGUGUAGCAGAGAUGAUGGCAAGUCUGCUGAAGGAUCUAGGCGACAUUGGAACUAUUGUCGGGGGAAAUGCUGCAGAGUCCAAGCCAAAUAUAACGUCGUCGGAGAAACUAGAGGAGGAGUUCACUGUGGCUCGGCUGUACAUCAGUAAGAUGAAGUCGGAGGUGAAGACGUUGGUCACUCGCACCGAACAGUUGGAAACCCACCACAGUGAAAACCAGAAGAAGCUUGACUUGGCAGAGAAGGAACUUUCUGACUGUCGUCUCCUCAUCACACAACACGAGGCCAAGAUGAAUUCACUUAAUGAGACCAUCCGUGACAUGGACCUCAAGAAACGCCAGCUUGAGGAGCAAGUGGAUGCCCUCAAUGAUGAAUACACAGCCCUUAAGGCUUCAGAGCGUAUGGCAUCAAGCACAGCAUCCCAGAAGGAGAAGGAAGUGUCAGACAGGGUCCAGACCAUUAACGAUAUGAAAGAUGCCCUGGAAAAACAGCUGGAGAAGCACCGUGGCCAGCACCAGAAGCAGCUUAACUCUCUCCGUGAUGAGAUCACAGAUAAACAAACUCUCAUCGAGUCCCUAAAGGAUACAAACCAGAAGCUUGUGCUGGCGCUUGACAAGCUACAGUCAGAUUAUGACAAGCUUAAACAGGAAGAGUCGGAAAAAUCUGCCAAACUGGCUGAACUGUCCUUACAACUUGACCGCCGUGAGCAGGCCAAACAAGACCUCAAGGGUCUGGAGGAGACUGUGGCCAAGGAGCUGCAGACACUACACAACCUGAGGAAGCUGUUCGUACAGGACCUACAGAGCCGUGUUAAGAAGGUGGGUAAAAACAACAACACUGUGAUGUCAGGCUGGAACUCCCUCAUUGACGAGUCUGCCAAUAGGAAGGAUGAGGAGGACGACGAAGAUGUGGGUGGCAAUGCUGCCCAGAAACAGAAGAUCUCCUUCUUGGAGAACAACCUUGAACAGCUCACCAAAGUCCACAAACAGCUGGUGCGUGAUAACGCUGACCUGCGUUGUGAACUUCCAAAGUUGGAGAAGAGGCUGCGUGCAACAAUGGAUCGUGUCAAGUCUCUGGAGACUGCUCUCAAGGAGGCAAAGGAAGGAGCCAUGCGUGAUCGUAAACGAUAUCAGCAUGAAGUGGACAGGAUUAAAGAAGCUGUCCGACAGAAGAACCUGGCUAGGCGGGGCCACGCUGCUCAGAUAGCCAAACCAAUUCGCCCCGGACACCCACCAGGUGGUUCUUCUUCUCAAGCAGCUAUCCGCGGGGGUGGUAUGGUGGUGCAGGCUAAAGCCGAGCCUCACGCAUAGAAGCCUGGUAGUGGUACCAAGUGAGAACUUACUACAGCAGUGAUGACAUCUUGUCUCAUCGCUGCUUGUCUUAUAUAGGCACAAGGAACAACUGCCUCAUCACCAUGGCAACAUCAUUAGUGUGUUAUCAUGGCAACAUACACUUAGGAUUAUUGUAGAGGAUUCUCAUACACCAAAAAUUUAACUGCAUUCCAUCUCAGUCUGGCUGCAUCAACUGUGUUGUUUUAUUGUCGGGACAAGUGUCUGUCACGGUGUUGCCUAGGAGACGUAUCUCUCCGUCUACCACUUAUCUUUACACCCUCGUCUGCCACUUAUCUUUACACCCUCGGCUGCCACCUAUCUUUACACCUAUGACCAUUGCUGUUAAUAGGAUGUAAAACACAAACAAACCCAGCAAACUCUACACCCUCGUCUGGCUAGGAAGCUGAAGGUGCUAAUUUGAUCAUAUUUGGGAUCUUAGAAAUAAUUCCACUGAUUAUGGUACUGUUUUAUAUCAGCCUACAUCCUAUUAAGAUAUUAGUUAAGGCAUGAAAUUAAUUUUCUUUAACAAAUAUUGUACACAUAAUAUUUGAUUAAUGUAGAUUUUUGUUAACUGUAACAUCAUCAUGAUUUGCAGCCUGAAAUAAGCAGAGCACGGCCUCUACUGGAGUGUGUGGUGUAAAGAGAAGUUGUGUACGGGCAGAUACUGGUUUAGACACUUAUUUAUUUUACUUACGGUAGAUCUAGACGGAUGUCUUCUGUCACACUUGUGCCGCGUCUUCAUGCAAUAUGUAACCAUACCAUUUAUCAGAGUGUGACACUGUUGAGAUUUGACGUGUUAGGUUAUGAGAUUUACGAGAGAGAUAGACUACACUGCCAUGUGUUAUUUUGCAUUGCAAUAUUGCAGGAACAUUGUAGGCUUUUGUAAAGCUUACUAGGCGAUACAUGCCGCCGAUAUUGUGUGUUGUCGUUGGUGUAUUUAACCACAUAUUUUAUGUGUAUUAUGUGUAGUAUUGAGGCUGUUUUGGGACAAUACAACUUGCCAUUCCAUGAGCUGUUGUGAAAAAAUCAGUCACUUCGUCAAAACUAGAUAUAGGUGAUGAUCAGUUGUGAAACAACAGUAAGUAAGUCUUAGUUGUUCAGUGAAAACAUAAAUAUACACGUGUAGACAUUCUAUGAAAUAUCACAUAUAAUAGUCUGUAAUGGUGAUAUUGAGGUAAAGUCCACCUUAACCAGCCUGUCUAUUCCCGUUUUGUGGUGAGAAAGCCACAGUGAUUUGUAUAUGAUAUCUAUAUAGUGGAUUGAUACUUUAUAUUUGACAACAGUGGCAUUGUAUUGGGUUAUUUACCACUUUCAGCCCUUGUUAUUGGGCGACAUAUUAUUAUAUACUGUACUAUGUAUACCCUACACUAACUAUAUCCUUAUUAACUUUAAUAAGUAGGAGUUAGCUCCCCACAAUGUAAAGCAUUUCCUAGGUUUCUCACACGAAAUCUUUAUUCAUAGAAAUAUCAGUUUUCAAAAAUUUCAAUAGGUCUUUGUCAAUUUCAUCUGCUUUUUGAAAAGUUAUUGCUAGGAAAAAAACGAUACAGCAGAAACAGUCACCCUUAUUAUUUACUUUCUACCAGCGGAGUCUGGUGAAGACAGAUUUCUGUUAUUAACUUUCUAACAGCAGAGUCAGGUGAAGAGAUUUCUGGUAGAAGGGUUAUUUUAAGGCUGGUUCCAGAUAUGUACUAUGAAUGGUUGUAGACAUGUAUACAAAUUGAGGUUAAUAAUACUCAAAAUGAAAAGUUGAGGCCAAGGCUUGUGGAAAGUUUAUUGCUGGGGUAGACAUGUUUAUUUUUGGAUCAAGUUAGAUUGGAACAGAUGUUGACACAGAUAACUGCUGUUACGAAUCUGAGUGUUCCUAUUGAAGCAUCCACACAACAACAGUUGUUUUCUAAAAACAAAAGUUGUAGGAUGUUUGAGUGCAACCUGGAACAGAUUUGUAGCAUUGGUUUAGAUACAGAAUCUAGUUAAACUAGAGAUAUGCGUGCCUAAAGAACGGUAGAUUUAACAAGUGGAGGGAUCCAUACUGCACAGUGCUUUCAUCCAGUGAUAUGUGUUGUAUACUGUUAAUGAAUCUGUAUGAUAAACAUGUGGGUUUCUUUUUCUGAUUCCAUCAACCGAUCUGCGUUACUCUGUAGAUUGUUACAGUUAUUGAUUGAUGUUCGGAGAAACACACAUACACAAAAGUGGACACAGGAUGUUUGUGUUUAUCACAUAAGCUAAUGAAAAACUAAAGCACUGUGCAGUAGAUUAGCUGAUGUUAUUGACAAGUACAAAAUUCUCUUAAUAAUGUUAUACUUUUUAUGGAAGUAACAUAAAAAAAUUGUCAAAGGUAUAAUAAGAUAGAGCAACAUGGGUUUUAUUGGAUAGCUUAGUCAACCAUGUUUAUCAUAAGUCGGAGUGUUCACGAUGCAGUUGGUAUGUCUAAUUUUAAAGUAUUUAUGGAGAAACACUGAAAAUGCUUGGUGGGGAAGAUAUUCAUGAUGCUAUAGCAAAUUCUUAAAUCCAAUGAUGGGGAAAAAUGCACAAAGUUGGAAAUAAAACAUUGAUUGUUACAUCAGUCAAGUUUGUGAUUGGUUGUUAUGUCAGUCGUGAUUAAUAUAAGGUCUUAGUUGGUUAGAUCAGUCGUGUUUAUGAUUGGUUAUUUCAACAUUCAUAUUACCUGGGAAUUAUUAGCGAGUGUUAACUGCACCAAUAUUACAUUGACUAGUAAAAGUUUACACUGAACACCAAUAUAACAUUGACUAGUACAAGUUUACACUGAACACCAAUAUUACAUUGACUAGUACAAGUUUACACUGAACACCAGUAUAACAUAGACUAGUACAAGUUUACACUGAACACCAAUAUAACAUUGACUAGUACAAGUUUAUACUGAACACCAGUAUAACAUAGACUAGUACAAGUUUACACUGGUUAAUUAGGGUUUUGGGCUGUGACUAGUACAAGUUUACGCUGGUUAAUUAGGGUUUUGAGCUGUGACUAGUACAAGGUUACACUGAACACCAGUAUUACACUGACUAGUACAAGUUUACACUCAACACCAAUAUAACAUUGACUAGUACAAGUUACACUGGUCAAUUAGGUUUUUUGAGUUGUGACUAGUACAAGUUUACGCUGGUUAAUUAGGUUUUUGAGCUGUGACUAGUACAAGUUCACACUGGUUAAUUAGGUUUUUUGAGCUGUAUAGAGAUAUUGGUACAAUUGAUUUUAAAUGGUUGUGGUAUAUGCAAUGGUAAAGUUCAAUGUCAGCUUGUCCUAGACACCAUUUCCUCCUCACGACAGCCUUACUUGAGACACAGUAGAGCGUUGAAGGGCUGUUCAUAGAUACCUCAGACUUUAUUAAUGUCUAGUCAGACCUGCUAUCUUUGACAAAACACUAUUUCAGUGCCAAGACGCCAGUACAACAAUGUGAUUCAAUGACUGUACAGAUAAAAAUUGUACAGGUAACAAGUGUUACAUAUUGUAAAAUUACAAUGGAGUUACCUGCCUUAAUAGGACAAUUGUGAUAUGCAUAAUUUAGUUACAGAAGAAAGAUAGAUGUACAAAUCAGAUGUAAGUUAUUGAAAAAUGAAAUUCAAUCUCUCGUUAUGAUUUCUGCAAAAUAUUGAUGAUAUCUCGACAUUUUGAGUGAAGAUAUGCUAUUGCUUUCUGCUGCAUUGGUACAAAUGUACAUGUAAUAUAAUGUACUAGCUAGUAAUUGUAUGCUACACUGUGAGAUCUACCAGCUAGUGCUACAAAUGAAUUGUCUUUCCAAAUAUAUUGUACAUUAUUUAAAGCAGGGUUUGUGGAAUGUGAACGAGGUUAUGAAGUUUGUUGGUUUAUUUAUUUGCAAUAAUUAUUUUUUAAUUUCGUAACUUUUGCUACCCAGCCCUUUUGUUGUGUAGAGGUGUAAAUACGGUUUUGGCUUGUUUAUGGAUAUUUUUAUGGUAGAGCUUGUUAAUUGAUCACGAGCAGGCAGUGUUUAGGGAGAUUGAUGUAUUCUACUGGAGUUUUGACCUAUGACCCAGAGGUCAUUAAUUUGUGACCCAUGACCUCUUGAGGUCACUCCUAGAAUCAUGACCCACUUACCUCAGAGGUCAGCUUUUUUGUGCAUAUCUUAUCUUAAUGUGUGGUGAAAAAGUAAUACCUUCAACAUAAGCUUGUUUAAAUAUUAUAUUGUUGCUUACUUAUACAGAUCAUGACACAGUUUUUGAAUUAAGGCACUACCACGCUAAAGGUCAGAGUAUAAAAACAUUCAUACAGGUUAUCUGUAUAAAGUCCAAUUUAGUGUACUGUAUUGGUAGGUCUGUAAGGGUAGAACAUAUAAUGUUGAAAGUCCUAAAGAGCAGGUUUGAAUGAGCCAUUUUUACCAUAUUUGAACCCAAUUGUUUUUGUUAACCUCAAUCUUUAUAUCUCUGUUGCUUUAAUAGAUGUAGCUUUAUUGUGAAAUGAUUAUCAUGUUAUAUGGCGAGGACAUGUACCAGCACACAGGGGUUUGUAGAAUGAUCAGUAAUAAUUGUAUAAUUCAUCACCAUAAAUUAUUUGUAUGGAUGAUGCUACAAGUUCCUGUGCUAACACUGAUUGUACUCAAUACAUAAGAUCUCAGUUGAACAUUGAUCGUCAUGUGUGAACAAAACAAAUUGUCAAAUGAAUUAUGCUGGAAUCCCAGACCUUAAGGUGAAGUGUUCACCUCCUAAGAGUGGCUUUUAAGGCUGUUUUCAUUGACAAGAAAAUACAUAAACCAUAACCUUCGGGCGAGAGGUUUUAGAGCGUAUAUCCAUUCAUCUAUGUAUGAACUCAUAAAUGCAUUUUAAGCUUAUGACAAUUUUGGGAUGCCUCACUGCUAGAUAUCUGCCAUUGUUGUGAUAAGUACAGUUAUGUUUCUACAAAGUGGUCUUUUACAUGUAUACAUGUGCAAAUAAAACAUCCGACUUUCCGCUGUAAAAAGGACAACUAUUGAUCUAUUGAAGUAACUGUGCAGUACUGUAACUUGAUGUCAAGGUGAUGUGUUCAAGGUCAUUUGUCAAGUCAAAGGUCAUAGGAAUAGGAAAGCAGUAUUGUACAAUUGACCUGUAUCCGUUUUGAUUGUGAGUUGAUGAUUACAUAAUUGAUUCUUUCAUGUACAUUGUGAUUUUAUUUAAAUCUUUAUUGAGGAACAAAAAUGACAUUAAAUAAUUGUUCACAUGAUGGCAAUUCCAUACCAUGGGUAUUGUAAUUUCAAUAUGCUUCAGUCUUUCCAUUUAUACAAGUUUGGUUUUGUAAAUUAGAUUACAAGUGAUUUCAUUUUCAUUUGUUGCAUGUUUCAUCUGUGAAUCUCUGGAACAAGUUGCACACUACACUGUCAAUCGGAGAAUGCUUUGUUCUGUAAAAUGAAAGCUUUCAGGAGAUUUUCUCGAAUUGAUACAAAUUACUAAGGCAAUCUGGAGCCGAGAGUCCAUCUUUAGAUCAAUUUUAUAUGUGAAAAACCUCAUUUACGUUCUAGAUACAGAUACAAGAAACUUAACUUAAAAGUCAUAUACAUGUAAACAAAGAAAAUUAACUCUUGAGAGCAAUUAUUAUGACAAACAUGUGUAAAAUAUAAAAAUAAGGAUAACAGGUUUUUUCACAAGUUAAGGGAGAUAAUCUACCAUUUAACUGCUUAUAUACAAAAUUUGAUUUGACUUAAACACGUUUAACUGUUAAUUUAGAACAACUAACAAUAUAGUUAAAUAUCCCAGGUGUGUGGAACUGCAGUACGCCUAAGAUGAGCAUUUAUUAAUGAUAAUAUAAGGGGGGUCUGCUUGGCAGUUCAGACGUUGAUUACUUGUAUCAGUUUGGGUAAAUUGAUAGAGACUUUCCUCAACCCCUUCAUACCGCUGCUUCCCCAUCGUUAACGCCAGUCACGUUUUUAUCUGUGUUUGAAAUUUACAUGUAACCAACUGUGAAACAGAUUCGCGCGAUACAAUAAAUAUUAAUGUCAUGAUUGAA